AUGUCGCUAAAACCCGAACGCGGUCACACAUAUGUGCAAUGGAUGGUAGCCCUCCUAGCGAACACGACGCUGCUCACGUAUGGACUUCAGGCGGGCUGGAUUUCACCAAUGACCAAAACGUUGCAAUCUGAGUCGUCGCCCACUGGUGCUGCGCUAUCCGAUAAUGACAUAUCUCUGGUUGCGAGUAUGUUGUGUUUAUCGGCUAUGCUGGGUGUUGCUAUGUUCGCGUACAUAGCAGAUACCUACGGGAGGCGUGUCUGUAUAAUGACCAUCGCUGCGUUGCAAGCGCUAAGUUGGCUCGUGAAGCUGUGCACAUCAAGCUUCUCCGGCCUCUUAAUAGCGCGCGUUCUCUGCGGAAUACCUUCAGGGGGAUGUUUCAAUAUAAUUCCGGUCUACGUUAAAGAAAUAAGCCAAGACAACAUCAGAGGGGUCCUUGGAACGUUGCUGAUAUUAAUGCAAAACGUGGGCAUAUUGUCCAUGUUCGCGUUGGGAUCGCGCUUAGAAUACCACACGGUUUUGUGGAUCGCUAUCACAGUGCCUAUAGCGACUGUCUUGUUGAUGCUGAAAGCUCCCGAAUCCCCUGCCUUCCUAGUCAAAAAGGGAAAUAUUGCCAAAGCGGAAGCUACUGUAGCCCUCCUCAGAGGCCUGGAGGUGACGGACAAAAUAGUAAUGAGUGAAGUAGAGAUGAUGCAAAAUGAAUACUCACAAUUCAAGUCACUGCCUAAUAUCUCAUUUGUGAGCAUCUUUAAGCAAAAGUCCUGGCGCAACGGUUUUCUUCUAAGUCUGACGAUAAUGUCAAUAUUUUCGUGCAAUGGUAGCUAUGCCAUUAUGACGUUCGCGUCCGCCAUAUUAUCAUCGUUCGGGGUCACUGUCAGUCCGGAGCUGCAGGCGUUAAGCUUCCCUGCUGUGAUGCUGCUCGCCUCCCUGUUGUCACUCUUCUACGUCGAAAGGCUGGGUAGGAAGCAAAUAUUAUCAGCGGCGUUUUUGGUAACGGCGGGCUCGCUGGUCUGCCUGGCGACCACCCUGCUCGCCCAGCAGCACGGCUGGGCGGCUCCGGCGUGGCUGCCCGCGGCCGCCAUGGUGCUGUCGCUUGCGUCCGGGGUCUCGCCUGUGCCCUAUAUCAUUAUGUCUGAAAUGUUUCAUUUCCAGGUUCGCGCCAAGGUGUUGGCUUGCGUGGUGACGCACGCGUGGUUCAUGUCGUUCACCCAGCUGGCGGCGUUCGGGCCCCUGUCGGCCGCGCUGGGGCUGCACUCCACGUUCUUCGCGUUCGCCGCGGUGAACCUCUGCGGGGCCCUCGUGUCUCUGACGCUCUUGCCCGAAACGAAAGGAAAAACUCUGGAACAAAUCGAAAUUUCGUUACGAGGGAAACAUUUCUUUAGAUAA